UCAACAAACAUCUAAAGAAUUUUGUAGGUUAGGUUGGACUUGUUUGUUAGAAAUUUUACAAAGAAAAGAUGGGUGUCACUGUUUUACAUCAAUUCCCGGUGGAUAACAGAACGGGGCCGGCGACAAUAGAAUUACUACAGAAACGUAUUGUGGCGCUGGGCGCGGUGCAACAGGGUCAGUUCUUGGUCGACUGCGAGACGUUCACAUCGGUACCACAGUUGGGUCAUCAGCGAACGGUACACGUUCUACACAAUUCUGAACAGCCGGCCACGGUGUUCUCGCUGUUGGACACGGGUACCAAAACAAUUCCGUUGGCCACAGACGGAUUAUUUGAUUUACUCAUGAUGAAAAUGAGCAGUUUCUAUACGUCGAAAAAACAAACGAAGGCAGAAUCGAAAGGACCGCGUUACGAAAUUGGAGAUUUUUGUGUGAAAUUGGGCACAGUGACGGUCAGCGCCAAUUUCAAAGGCGUACUGGUUGAAGUAGAGUAUCGCCCUUGUAUCGUGCCGGGAAUGUGUUGGGAAUUAAUGCGAGAAUUUUUACAAGGCUUUUUGGGAUCAUCAGUGCCGAACACUCCUCCAGUCUAUUUGCAAAGUAAAAUGCAAGAUGUUUAUUCACCUAUUGACACCAUUCAUCAGUAUUUAGAACACUUUACAAUAUUUAGAAAAAGUGUCGCAGGAUUAAGACCAUAAAUGUUAAUUAAUUAAAGUAAUUUUAAGUUUUUAAUAUAUGUUUUGUACACA